AUGUCGUCGCAAGACUAUGGCCUGCUCGACCAGGCCGACGAGGAUCAAAUCCACAAGUCGCGACUCUUGCGCAUCGAAGAGCGCCCGUUCCAGCGCAUCACCAAACGUCUCCUCACGCCCGACUCGCCCAUAUACACCCCUCCCGCCACCCUCCCGACCCCCCCACCAGAUGCCACUCCGGCCGAUGAGGACCAAAAUGCUGCGCGCGCGGGCCAGGCCGCCGAGCGGGAGGCUUGGCGCACCGACAUGCUACUCGACUUUGCCGCUCUGGCCGACAGCGUCGUCCGCAUCCAGCUCCUGCGCAACAGCAACGAGGCCGAGAGGAAACGCUACGCCGCGGAAAAGGCCAAGAUCGAAGCGACGGCCGCCGCGAUCCGCGAGAGCACCGCCUCGCUACGGGUGCAAUUGGACGCCGCACGCGCGACCUUGGCCCGCAGGAAGACGUACGACGAGCUGGCCGAACGCAUAACGAGCAACCGCAUGCUGCGCCCGCGCGAAGACCAGACGACGCAGCUCCACAAGCUGGAAUCCGAGAUCGCCGAGCUGGAGCAAGAGAGCAGGGUCUAUGCCCAGACGUGGGCGGAGAGGAGGGAGCAGUUUGGCAGGAUCGUCGAGGAAGGCCGCCAGAUGCUCCGGCUCAUCCGCGACGAAAAGGAGGAGGCCGAGCGCAAGGAGGGCAUGGAGGGGGGCGAAGAAGGUCUGGACGAAGGCGGCGAGGGCAGCAGUGCAAAGGGAGAGACGAGCGCCGUCGGCACCCCGCGGCCAGACGUCGGGGGUCAAACGCCAAACCCAGCCCAAGGAAGCCAGCUCGCCGUGCAUAAAGGCCUGCUUUCUGCUCCGAGCCCGGCUGCUAGCUUCGGGGGCGCUGGCAGUCCCGCCAGGAGGGACGACGACAGCCAGAACGAAGGCAGAGAGCGGGAUGCUGAUAUGAUGGAGUCUGGCGAGGUCGGGAACGAAAGUGAAAUGGAAGAGGGCGAAGCCGAAGAAAAUACCCCCGGUGAGAAGAUGGACGUCUCUUAG